AUGCCGUUUUAUUUCUGGACAUGCAUGUGGUGCUCCCUUUUCACCGUCCUGGUGGCAGUCUUCGACUUGUGUGCUCUCAUGAAGCACGUCACUAUGUUCAGCGAAGACAUCUUCGCUGGAUUAAUCUCGCUUAUCUUCAUCAUCGAUGGAGCCCGGCCGAUCAUUGAGAAUUUCACAGAAAGCAGGCUCCCUUGGACCUUCCGUUUCGUUCGCAACUUUGCAGCCAAUUUCGCAGUGACCAUUGCCUUGGUGAGUGGCUCCGGGUUGGCCGCCAUUUACUCCAACGACACAGGCCUGAGGAUGUUGCAGGUGGACGCGGACUUCUCGCCAAACUUGAGCUUGUCCGAUGGCAGCAAGCGGCCGUGGAUCAUUAAUCCCGCCGGCAUGGACCGCUCCUUCCCAGCUUGGGGCAUUGCCUAUGCGAUCCUCCCGGCGAUUGGCUUUGCAGUCUUGGGUUACCUGGAUCAGAAUCUCACGUCUGUGAUCGUGAACAGACCAUCUAACAAUCUGAAAAAGCCGGCUGCUUAUCACCUCGACUUGUUCAUUCGUGGAGCACUCACGCUGCCCAUCUGUGCUGUGCUUGGUCUGCCCCUGUCCGUGGCCUCCACGGUGCCGAGCAUCACCCACGUGAUCUCGUUGACCACUUACGAAGUGAAGCAACUUCCGGAAGGCGAGCGCAAGGUGCCUACGAAGGUGGUUGAGCAGCGUGCUACUAACUUCUUGAUUCACGUGCUUAUUGGCUCAGCACUCUUCCUGGCGCCAGUGCUGAAGUUCCUGCCGCGG